AUGAGGGCAGGAGGUUGCACACUUCAACAAGGUCUAACCACAGAGGCUGCAAAUAUAGUAAAGCAAGCAGUAACCCUAGCUAGGCAACGUGGCCAUGCCCAAGUGACUCCUCUCCAUGUUGCACACACCAUGCUUUCCUCUUCAACUGGCCUAUUGCGAACCGCUUGCCUUCAAUCACACUCUCACCCUCUCCAAUGCAAAGCCCUUGAGCUUUGCUUCAAUGUUGCCCUCAACCGCCUCCCGGCCUCCAAUUCUAGCCCCAUGUUGGGCUCUCACCCCCAACAGUCUUCCAUCUCCAACGCCUUGGUUGCUGCAUUCAAGCGUGCUCAAGCUCACCAAAGGCGCGGUUCGAUUGAGAACCAGCAGCAGCCCCUCCUAGCUGUGAAAAUAGAGUUGGAGCAACUCAUAAUUUCCAUCUUAGAUGAUCCAAGUGUUAGUAGAGUGAUGAGAGAAGCUGGGUUUUCUAGUACCCAAGUGAAAAGCAAUGUAGAACAAGCAGUUUCUUUAGAAAUAUGUAAUUCCCAAACUCCUUCUGUGAGUAGCAAGCCCAAGGAAAACAAUAGUCUCUUAGUAGUCAACCCUCAUCAAUUUCCGUCAAUUGGUCAGAGUAUUGGAGUCAAAGACGGAAAGCCAGUUAGAAGUGAGGAUGUGACAAGUGUUAUAGAGAAUUUAGUGAAGAAGAGAAGGAAAAGUAUUGUGGUUGUGGGAGAGUGUCUUGCUAGUAUUGAGGGUGUGGUUAGAGGAGUGAUGGAUAAGGUUGAGAAGGGUGAUGUAGUUGAGGCUUUGAGAGAGGUAAAAUUUAUAACCCUUACCCUGUCCUCUUUUGAACAUCAGUCUAGAGUAGAGGUUGAACAGAAGCUUGGAGAGCUGAAGAGCACAGUGAGGAGCUGUGUGGCCAAAGGGGUUAUUUUAUUUGUGGGAGAUCUCAAGUGGACAAGUGAUUAUAGGGCUAGUAGUUCAAGUGAGCAGGGAAGGGGGUAUUAUUGUCCUGUGGAGCACAUGAUCAUGGAGCUUGGGAACUUGCUUUGCGGAAUGAAUGGAGAUCAUCAGAAUGGGAGGCUGUGGCUUGUGGGGAUGGCUACUUUCCAAACUUACAUGAGAUGCAAAUCUGGCCAUCCAUCACUGGAGACUGUUUGGGGUAUUCAUCCGCUUACAAUUCCCUCCGGCAGCCUCCGCUUGAGUCUUGUCACUGACAGUGACCUACAAAGUGAGUCUACAAGCAAGAUAGCUGAAACUGGAACAAACAACAGGCAAGUGCUUGAAGGUGGAGGCAAGCAGCUCACUUGCUGCGCAGAAUGUUCAUCCAAGUUUGAAGCCGAAGCUCGAAGCCUACAAAGCAGCAGCUGCUGCAACAGUGAAUCCACCACUUCAAGCCUUCCUGCAUGGCUCCAACAGUACAAAAAUGAGAACAAAGUGCCAAGCAGUACUAAUGAUCAGAACUCUGUCCCAGUUUCAGACCUUUGCAAAAAGUGGAACUCUAUUUGCAAUUCAAUGCACCAACAGCAUUCCAAUAAUUCUUCUGAAAAAACCCUCACAAUAUUCUCUUCUCUCUCACCCUCUUCCUCCACUUCCAACUUUUCAUAUGAGCAGCAACAACAACCACAACACCCUAAUUUGCACCAUCAUCAUUCGUGGCGGCACCAACAUUUCUGGAUAUCUGGAUCUAAUUGUAACAAGGCUGUUGAUGAUCAACCCAGUUUGAGAAUGUACAUUCCAGAGAAUAAUAGUCCCAAACAACCAAUUUCAUCAAAUCCCAAUUCUACCCCUACUUCAGCCUCAUCCAGUGAUAUUGUCAUGGAAACAGAUCACUAUGUGCAGAGGUUCAAGGAGCUCAACACCGAAAACCUCAAAACCCUAUGCAGUGCAUUGGAGACCAAAGUCCCAUGGCAGAAGGAUAUAGUUCCUGAAAUUGCAAGCACCAUCUUGAAAUGCAGGUCAGGCACGGUGAGAAGAAAAGGGAACAAGAUGGGAAACUACAGUGAUGUCACUAAAGAAGAAACAUGGUUGUUCUUUCAAGGCAUUGACAUGGAAGCUAAACUGAAAGUUGCAAGGGAAUUGGCCAGGCUUGUUUUCGGCUCCCAAACCAACCUCACUUCCAUCGCACUAAGUAGUUUCUCAUCGACUCGAGCAGAUUCAACUGAGGAUUGCAGGAACAAAAGAUCUAGAGACGAGCAAAGCUGCAGCUAUGUCGAAAGAUUCGCGGAGGCAGUGUCUUUUAAUCCCCACAGGGUGUUUUUAGUGGAGGACGUGGAGCAAGCAGACUACUGCUCACAAAUGGGGUUUAAGAGAGCAAUAGAACAAGGAAGGAUAACGAAUUCGAGUGGUGAAGAAGUAGGUCUUGGAGAUGCUAUCAUCAUUUUGAGCUGUGAAAGCUUCAGUUCGAGAUCAAGAGCUUGCUCUCCUCCUAUUAAGCAAAAGUUGUCACAGGGGUAUCACGAAGAAGACAAUAGGGAUCUUGCUGCUUUAGAGCAAACAAGCCCUUGUGUGUCUUUGGAUUUGAACAUUUCAUUUGAUGAUGGUGGCGUUGAUGGUGAUAGAACCGAGGAUCAGUCGAUCGAUGACAUCGGUCUUCUUGAAUCUGUCGAUAGACGGAUUAUUUUCAAAAUUCAAGAAUUGUGA